AUGGGUGUCCCUCUUGCAGAUGCCAGCAAGUUACCCAACCUGAAAGAGCUUCUCCAGUCCUCUGAAGAUAAAGACAAAGGGGCCUGGGACCUGCUGAGCUGGAUUUUAUCCUCAAAGGUCCUGACAGUCCACAGUGCAGGGAAGUCAGAGUUUGAAAAGAUCCAAAAGCUAACUGGUGCCCCUCACACUCCUGUCCCUGUGCCGGACUUCCUAUUUGAAAUUGAGUACUCGGACCCAGUGAAUGCCAAAUUUUAUGAGACCAAAGGAGAACGAGACCUAAUCUACGCCUUCCAUGGGAGCCGCCUAGAAAACUUCCAUUCCAUCAUCCACAAUGGCCUGCACUGCCACCUGAACAAGACAUCCUUGUUCGGGGAAGGGACCUACCUCACCAGUGAGUUGAGCCUGGCCCUCAUUUAUAGCCCCCAUGGCUAUGGGUGGCAGCGUAGCCUCCUUGGCCCCAUCCUCAGCCACGUGGCUGUGUGUGAGGUCAUAGACCAUCCAGAUGUCAAGUGCCAAACCAAGAAGAAAGAUUCCAAGGAGAUAGAUCGCAGGAGAGCGAGAAUCAAGCACAGUGAAGGGGGAGACAUCCCUCCAAAGUACUUUGUGGUCACCAACAACCAGCUCCUGCGAGUGAAGUACCUGCUGGUGUACUCACAGAAGCAGGCCAAGAGGGCUUCAAGCCAGCUGUCCUGGUUUUCCAGCCAUUGGUUUACGGUCAUGAUAUUCCUGUACCUGCUGCUGCUGCUCAUAGUGGUGAGUGUCAUCAACUCCUCCACUUUCCAACACUUUUGGAAUCGUGCGAAGAGAUCAUCUUUCUGGGCCUGGUGUGGGGACCGCCUCAACCAUGUGCCUUGUUUUGUACCUCCCAUGCCCCACAUCCAGCCAGGUUGAGCCUGCGGGCCAGUUGGGGACCACAGGACAAUUUUCAUAUGCCAUAAAUGUAUCGAUUGCCUUUGAUGAUGCUCCAGCCACACUCCAGCCAAUGGGGACCACUGGGCCCUCACUCAUAGGUUUUGGGGGAGCCCUCCUGUCUGCUCCUGCCUAAACAGCCCUAGGGAGUUGGCUUUUCCAUCAGGGCCAAAGGAAAAAGUCCUGCUGCAUUUAAAAACAAAGUGUCCAAGC